AUGCUCAAAUCGACAAUCUUGGCCCCGUUUGCCCCUAGAAUGUCUAAUGUCAUGAGAACAUACUCUACCCAUGUGCCAAAGAUCUACAACUUUGAAGAUGUCAAACAGCUAGUAACGAAGCCGGUUACUGGCAAAAAACUUAUCGAUGUAAGGGAGCCUAGUGAAUUGCAACAGUAUGCCAUGCCAACUGCUUUGAAUUUACCCUUGAAAACUGCCCCGGGUGCUUUGAGUCUCGAUCCGGAAGAAUUUAAAGAAUUGUUCCAUUUUGACAAACCUAAGAAGGAUCAAGAAUUGAUCUUUUUCUGCGCAGCUGGUAUAAGAGCCAAAGCUGCCGAAGAGAUAGCACGUUCUUUUGGGUACGAUAAGACUGGGGUUUAUCCAGGCUCAAUCCAGGAUUGGCUCAAGAAGGGUGGAGACAAAAUCGCGUAG